GCGGCGCCUGCGCAGUGGCAGCUGACCCGGAGGGAGCCGGCGUUGCUGCUGACUGCCGCCCCCGCCAUUUUGGUUGAGGGUUUUUCUUUCCUCCCCUCCGCUGAAUUCAGUGCUGCAGGGAGCGGAGCGGAAAAAAAAUACACACGUGAAGGCGGAGGUUCCGCUCGAAGCGAGAGCAAAUUGCGGGGCCGCGGAGUGGCUGGUGGUGGGGGGGUAGAAAAGAGAGGAGGGAAGGAAGAAGUGCAUGUGUGUGUGUGUGAGAGAGAGAGAGAGAAAAAAGGCAAAAGCGGCCCAUGAGCUGAGGAGCCCCAGGAUCGUAUUCGGGGGGAAGCAAGUAAAACCACCAAAGACAGCGCGUGUCUCACUUGACCCGGCGAACCGGCCACCGAGCCCGCUGCACUAGAGCUAGCCAUGCCGUCGAUAACGCUGCCAGCCAAGGAGAACGCCCUCUUCAAGCGGAUCCUGAAAUGCUACGAACACAAGCAAUACAGACAUGGGUUGAAGUUCUGCAAACAAAUUCUGAGCAAUCCAAAAUAUGCAGAACAUGGAGAGACGCUGGCGAUGAAGGGUUUGACUUUAAACUGCUUAGGCAAAAAGGAAGAAGCAUAUGAGUAUGUGCGGCGAGGCCUUCGCAAUGAUCUGAAGAGUCAUGUCUGUUGGCACGUCUACGGUCUCCUUCAGAGAUCCGACAAGAAGUACGAUGAAGCUAUCAAAUGCUACCGGAAUGCUCUAAAAUGGGACAAAGACAAUCUUCAGAUUUUAAGAGACCUUUCCCUUCUACAAAUUCAAAUGCGUGACCUUGAGGGCUACAGGGAGACCAGGUAUCAGUUGCUUCAGCUUCGUCCUGCUCAGCGAGCGUCCUGGAUUGGCUAUGCAAUUGCAUACCAUUUACUGGAAGAUUAUGACAUGGCUUCUAAAAUUCUAGAAGAAUUCAGAAAGACACAGCAAGCUUCUCCCGAUAAAAUUGAUUAUGAGUAUAGUGAACUGUUACUUUACCAGAAUCAAGUACUGCGGGAAGGAGGGAUGUAUAAGGAGGCUUUGGAGCAUCUCGACAAUCAUGAGAAACAAAUUUGUGACAAAUUGGCUGUGGAAGAGUGCCAAGGAGAACUAAUGUUAAAACUGAACAGACUAAAGGAGGCUGCAGAGGUUUACAGGCGAUUGCUGGAGAGAAACCCUGAAAACUGGGCCUACUAUGAAGGACUAGAAAAGGCAUUGAGGCCUGCCAAUGUGGAGGAGAGACUUGAUGUCUAUGAAAAUGCUUGGACUAAGUAUCCCAAAGGGCUGGUGCCUAGAAGGCUACCUCUAAACUUCUUAUCUGGGGAAACAUUCCGGGAAGUCUUGGACAAAUAUUUAAGGAUAAAUUUCAGCAAAGGCUGUCCUCCUGUGUUUACAACUCUGAAAUCAUUAUACAAUGAUAAAGAGAAGGUAUCGAUUCUAGAAGAAUUAGUAGUUGAGUAUGAAACAUCUUUGAAAAGUUGCAACCUCUUUAACCCGAAUGAUGAUGGAAACCUAGAACCACCUACUACUAGAUUGUGGGUCCAGUACUUUUUAGCCCAACAUUAUGAUAGAAUUGGACAACCCUCUCUAGCCUUGGAAUACAUCAAUGCUGCAAUUGAAAGUACACCAACUCUCAUAGAAUUGUUCCUUGUUAAGGCCAAAAUCUACAAGCAUGCUGGAAAUAUAAAGGAAGCUGCCAAGUGGAUGGAUGAGGCUCAAGCCUUAGAUACAGCUGACAGAUUUAUAAAUUCCAAAUGCGCUAAAUACAUGCUAAAGGCCAACCUUGUGAAGGAAGCUGAGGACAUGUGUUCCAAGUUUACGAGAGAAGGAACGGCUGCAGUGGACAAUCUAAAUGAGAUGCAGUGUAUGUGGUUCCAGACAGAGUGCGCUUUGGCCUAUCAGUCAAUGAACAAAUAUGGAGAAGCUCUGAAAAAGUGCCAUGAAAUAGAGAGGCACUUUGCAGAAAUUACAGAUGAUCAGUUUGAUUUCCACACUUAUUGCAUGAGGAAAAUGACAUUGAGGUCUUAUGUGGAUUUACUAAAGCUAGAAGACGUGCUCCGGUGUCAUCCAUUUUAUUUCAAAGCUGCAAAGGUGGCUAUUGAGAUCUACCUGAAACUUCAUGAUCAUCCGCUAACUGAUGAGAACAAAGAAUUGGAAGCUGAUACAGCAAAUCUUUCAGAUAAAGAGCUGAAGAAGUUACGAAAUAAACAGCGUCGGGCACAGAAGAAGGCGCAGUUAGAGGAAGAGAAGAGAAAUGCUGAAAAAGAGAAGCAACUAAAAAAUCAAAGGAAGAAAAAGGAAGAGGAUGAGGAAGAGAUUGGUGCACAAAAAGAGGAACUUGUACCUGAGAAAUUAGCAAAGGUGGACAGUCCACUUGAAGAAGCCAUUAAAUUUCUGACGCCCUUGAAAACCUUGGUAAAGAACAAAAUUGAGACCCACCUUUUUGCUUUUGAAAUCUACUAUAGAAAAGAGAAAUUCCUUCUGAUGUUGCAGUCAGUCAAAAGAGCUUUUGCCAUUGAUCCUGACAACCCUUGGCUCCAUGAGUGUUUGUUCAGGUUCUUCAAAGCUGUAUCGGAGAGUAAAAAUGUGCCUGAUGCUGUUCAAACAGUGCUGACGCAACAAGUGAGCAGGUUGUUUGGAGACACAAAUCCAAAGAGUUUUAAUGAGGCUUUCCUAAGCAAGCACUUGAACUCAAUUCCACACAGGUUAGCUGCUGCCAAAAUGAUGUACUACAAUGAUCCUUCCAGUCAAAAAAGGGCGGUGGAAUUAGCUACAGGACUUGAUGAAUUUCUAGACAAGAGAAGCAUCCAGAUAUGUGUGAAGGUAUUGGAAGCUGUACGGGAUGGUAGUCUGGGAGUCUGUAAAGAAACAACCGAAAUCUACAGAGCACAGUGUCACAAGAUUUUUCCCUAUGCUCUUGCAUUCAUGCCUCCUGGAUAUGAAGAUGAUUCAAAGAUCACAGUGAAUGGAGAUAGUGCUACCGAACCUGAAGAACUGGCCAAUGAGAUCUGAAUGAAGAUGGUGCCUGAAGUGAACACAUUUUUGUUGCACACCUCUGAUGUCAGUUCCCCACUCUUAACCACAGGAUCUGUAAAUAUGUGUCAGGGUUUCAUAAAUGCUUACAGAACAUAGACUUUCAGAAUUGAAGGUCUUUUUUUUAUCCUGCUGACUUCAAAAAUAUUAUCUGAAAUUUUGGAGGCAACUUCUGUACCACGUGUUUGUGAACCCCCUGUGAGUGAGAGGUUGACAUCAUUUGAAUGCACUCAACACCCUUCUUGCAAUUGGCUUUCCGGGUUUUUAAUGUAAUUUCUAAAGAAUAUUGAGAGCUAUUUAAAAAGUUGGGUGUGACACAAAAAUGUUGUUUAAUCAUUGCUGUCUUGAGAUUGUGAUGGUCAGCAGUAUGCUGCCCUAGCACUGGAUCCUCUAAGCACAAACUUUGUCAGGGCGGCAGUGUCUGACAGAAAAUGAAUGGAAACUACAUGCAGACCACAGGAAAAAACCUUAUGUAUAUUGUGAUGUACAGAUUAAUGUACCCAGUUUAAAAAAAAAGUGUUAAAGAGGGAUAGAGGUAUUUGGAACUGAAGACAGAGGAGAAAGAAGGGAGAGGAAGAAAAUUAGGGCACGUACUGACCAUCAUUUCUAAAUUCUUUUGAAUUUUCUAACAAAUACAUAAGUACAUCUGGAAAUCACCAGCUGCAUUACAGAACAGUUCUGAGUCUGUGUUUCUAUAUUGCUGCUUAUUGACGACCUAAAGUAAUACAUUUAGGUAGUCAGCGAACAGUUAUUACUUUAUUUUUAAAUCCUGGGAGUUUGAGUGAAGUAGGAAGUGUUUUGAUAGAUUAACUUGGUUCAGGUUCUAAUUUCAAAGAAUUGACCUGGACUCAGGACUGGUUUGUUAAUGCAGAUACAGGUUCUCAUCAGUAACUACCUGACAAAGAUUAUGUAGAAAAUUAUACAUUGAUCAUUUGAAUACUGGUUUUUCCCUCCAUGCAAUGUCAAUUAUAGUACUUGAAGCCCAACAUUUCUAAAGAUACAUAUUGCUCUGCAGUUUUACGCAUGCCCCAAACUUUGUAUGUUUUUAAAAGGGGCCCAGAAUUUUUGGAAAAAAAAAGGAUUUGCUUCAUUAUUUCUGCAGUUACAAUUAAUUCCCAUCGUUCUGAAAUGCAAAAGGUACCAAAUAUACAAUGCAAUAAACAGUUUUUUUUUUGAAAAUUGUUCCAACUGGGGUAUUUAUUAACAUGGUUUUUAUUUUGGAGAUAUCCGUUUCCAGGAGGUUUAUUUAAAAAUUGUGCCCCAGCAUUUUGAUUCUAAACCACUGUUACUUAUGAAGAAAGUGUGAUUUGAUCCCUGUUUAUUUGAUUUUAAUUGUAUACAACUUGUUUGUAUUUUGUCUGUCCUAAUCCCAGCUGGUAUCUAAGAAGCGUACAAUUCAGAAGUUGAAUCCGAGGUUGUGAAUUCUUAUGUUACUGACUUGACAUUUUGGCUACACAAACCAAGUAAAAAUACUGCACAGUGUUCCAUUUGAAUGUUGCAGCACUUCUGUGUGUUUUUUCCUCACCACUUUUGAAACCGUUCAAGUUGGAGGCUGAAAGUACUGUCUACAUCCAUCCAAGUAAUGCAGCUGUGGGUCUGUUGAUAGUGUUUCCAAGGUUGGUAUGAAUGAUGGACUGUCUCACUGGUUCACAAGCUAGGAUUAUCAGUGGGUCUACAUCAAUACAAUUGCUUUGACCUUGAACUCUUGUUAGGAUUUGAUUUUGAUCACAGGUUUUUUGUGUUCAUGUCUUAAACCAUUUCAGCACUGAGCCUUGUGUAGGGUUUUAUUUUUCAUUGUCUGAGAUCCAUCCAGCACACAGGAUACCGACACAGAAUAUGAAAUGUAAAAUUUUACAUUUGUUUUAUGUGGUUAGUUCCAUUUUAACCACAGUGGUUGUAUUCAGCAUCUAAUAAACUGGUAGUGUUUGUGUCA